UGUCCUGAGAGUCCCUGCGUGGCGUGGGGGUGGAGGGGACUCAGAGGUGCCUGGUCUCUCCCUUGCAGAGCUCGGCCCCUCCCCGGCACAGCGCGGCGGGCUGAGCACGAGCACCAGGAGAUGAGCGCGGAGACGGUGGCUGCAGACAUGGACGCCCUGUGCCCCGAGCUACUGCUCCCUGCCCCGGCGGACACGGGGCGCAGCAGAGGCCCCGAUGCCGGCAUGGCGGGUCCGUCGGCGCUGGCUGUGAGGCAGAGCCUGCUGCUGGCGGAGGGGGCACCCACGGGAGUGCAGGACGUGGAAAUCUUCGUGGAGGCCAUGGCGGGCAAUGUGGCGCUGAGCAACCCGGGCAGUGCCACAGAGGUCUUGGUCAAGGUGGUGGAGCUGUACUUCUGUGAGCGAUGCGGCCAGAGCUUCUCCGACCCUGGCCUGCUCACCCAGCACCAGUGCCUCACACUGGCAGCCCCCGAGUCCCUGGAGCUGCCCAGCACGCCCCAGCUGGCAGCACCCACCACCGAGGGACCCGGAGCGGGGCCAGGUCUCUGCCAGGAACCGCCCCAGAGGUUGCCGGAAACAGGCAGGCAGGGCAGAGACCUCAACUGUGCAGGUGAGCGCCUGCUGUGCCCCAUCUGCCAGGUGGAUUUUGCACUCCCCGGCGAACUCAAAGAGCACUUCAAGACGCACCGCAAUUCCACGGUCACCCCGGCAUGCCCCGCGCCAGGCUGCCCCUUCCUGCCUGGGGACCGCAGGCAGCUGCGCGGGCAUGUGCGCCGCGUGCACCAAGCAAUACCCAUCUCCUGCGUCUACCGUGCCUGCCCCCUGCUCUUCCUGAGCAGCCCAGCUAUGGAGGAGCAUCACCGCAGCCACUUCCCCUUCCACUGCACCCACUGCCCAUUCGUCAGUGCCAACAUCAAGCUCUUCCAGCAGCACGCGAAGAGCCACUGCCCCGAGCCAGCGGGGGCUACAGAGAUCUUCCUGGACGUGGCAGGGGUCAGGGAGACCCUCCCAGAGUCAGCGGAAGCUGGGGAGCCCCACAGCCGUGGUAUGCGUGACUUUGCUGCCAGGACUGGAGAAGUCCCAUCCGAUGACAAGGCCUCCGAGGAGGUGGCAUGUUCCCUUGACCCACCAGCCUGGGAUGGCAGCCACAGCGCCCCCGAGGACACUUCCCAUGAAGACGGACAGGCGUCGGCUGGGGAGGACGAUUCUGAGAGCAGUGGGGACGAGUCUCUGGACGAGGAGGAGGGCGAGAGCACUGGUGAGGCAGCCACCAGGAAGGCCAAGGCCCCUCGGGCCCAGCGAUUCAAAGGGGAUGUGGCGGAGGGGUCGGAGUCCCUGUUCAAGACCCACAUGUGCCCCGAGUGCAAGCGCUGCUUCAAGAAGCGGACGCACCUGGUGGAGCACUUGCACCUGCACUUCCCCGACCCCAGCCUGCAGUGCCCCAACUGCGGGAAGUUCUUCACCAGCAAGAGCAAGCUGAAGAUCCACCUGCUGCGGGAGACGGGCGAGAAGGCCCACCGGUGCCCUCUGUGCCAGUACCGCUCAGUGGAGAGGAACGCCCUCAACCGCCACAUGGCCAGCAUGCAUGAGGGCAUCUCCAACUUCUACUCAGACGUCUACGCCUGCCCCGUGUGCCAGGAGCCCUUCAAGCUCAGCCAGGCCCUCAAGGAGCACCUCAAGAGCCACCAGACCGAGCCCAAGCGGCUUAGCUGCUUCGAGGGUGGCUGCGACUACGGCACCGAGGACCGCAAGGACUUUACACGGCACCUCAAGGAGGCCCAUGGCCUCAAGGCAGUGGAGUGCACGUACCACGCCUGCUCGCUGCUCUUCGGCACGGCCGAGGCCAUGGAGACUCACCGCAAAACCCACUACGCCUUCCACUGCCAGCAGUGCGACUUCAUCUGCUCCAACAAGCACGUCUUCCGCAAGCACAAGCGCCAGGGCCACCCCGGCAGCGAGCGGCUGCAGUGCGGCUUCUGCCCCUACACCACCUUCAACCCUGUGGAGUUCCACGACCACCUGGGCAAGAUGCACGCCCACGAGAAGAUCCACAAGUGCGGCGAGUGCGGCUUCGCCACGGCGCACAAGAGGGUGCUGAUGCGCCACGCGCUCCUGCAUACCGGGGAGAAACCUCACAAGUGCGAGCAGUGCGACUUCACGUGCCGGGACGUGAGCUACCUGUCCAAACACAUGCUGACCCACUCCAGCGCCAAGGACUUCAUGUGCACGGAGUGCGGCUACGUCACCAAGUGGAAGCACUACCUCAACGUGCACAUGCGCAAGCACACUGGGGACCUCAGGUACCAGUGCAACCAAUGCUCGUACCGGUGCCACCGGGCCGACCAGCUGAGCAGCCACAAGCUGCGGCACCAGGGCAAGAGCCUGAUGUGCGAGGUGUGCGGCUUCGCCUGCAAGCGCAAAUACGAGCUGCAGAAGCACGCGCAGGCCAAGCACGCACAGGGCUACCAGGCACCCGUCUUCCAGUGCCGCUACUGCAGCUACCAGAGCAAGUACAAGCAGGCGCUGCGCAGCCACGAGAACUGCAAGCACACGCAGCAGCGCGAGUUCCGCUGCGCCCUCUGCGCCUACUGCACCUUCAGCAACACCAGCCUCUUCUUCCACAAGCGCAAGGCCCACGGCUACGUGCCCGGCGACAAGGACUGGCUGCAGCACUACGCCAGCAAGGAGCAGGAAGCCGGUGCACCCCAUGAGGCCACAGGAUGUCACGCUGGGGAGGAGCCGUGGCAGGGGGCCAGCUCGGAGCCCCCAGAGGAAGAGGAAGAUGGUGAACCAGCCGGUGCAGAGCCGCUGCCGGAGCUAGCCGCAGGGCAGCAGGAAGGCGGCACGAACGUGGCGACGGAGGAGGGUGGGACAUCCAGUGAGGCCGUGGAUGGCUGCACACUGCACUUGGAGACACUGGAGGUCUCGGCGCAGGUGGUGCUGGAGGGCACGGCCCCUGCAGAGGCUCAGGGCUGCAAGGAUCCUGGGGCUGGGUACGGCAUCCUGAGUGCCACCGAGGCCUUGGCACUAGAGGACAGCACCCCUGGGCUGGAGGACAUUGCUGACUUUGAGGAAGAGCCGGAUGUGGCUGGGGCACCCGAGGGCAAUGUGGGCAGCCCUGGCAUGGAGAGGAGGCCAAGCCGGGACCUGUUGGAGGGGCCUGGAGAUCCCAGUGCAGGGCAGGACCCUGCUUCACCCAUGGCCGGCAGGAUGGGAGAGAGUGGCCAGACCAUGACAGCAGGGAUGGAGGAGGGUGGCGGCAAGCCCGGGGACGAGCCCGCGGCAGAGUGGGAGUUGCCGGCGCUGCGGCAGCAUGACAAGGAGCAAGCGGAGACGCUGGUGCUGGAGGGGCGUGUGCAGAUGCUGGUGGUGCAGACGGAGCGCCAGGUGUUCCCCUGCCGUGCCUGCCCCUACGUCACACGCAAGGAGCGUGCGCUGGCCCUGCACGCCAAAGCUGGCUGCCAGGCCCGGCGCACCCCGCUCCUGUGCCACGGCUGCGGUGCCAGCUUCAAGCAGCAGCGCGGCCUCAACACCCACCUCCUUAAGAAGUGCCCUGUCCUCCUCAAGAAGGGCCGGACGCCCAAGCUGGUGGGGCCGGAGCAGCCCAGGAAUCCCCCGCAGGACCCCCAGUCUGCGGCCAUGGAGGACAGCACGGGUGUCCUGGAGGCAGCAGAGGGGAGCCCGGAGCCUGGGGCCACAGAGGAUGGCACGGAAGGGGCAGUGGGGAGCCGGGUCCCGGAGCCUCCCUUGGAAGCGGAGCCAGUGCCCGUGGACCGAGGCAGCCCCCUCCCUGAGGCCGUGCUUCCGGGAGCCAGUCCAGCCACAGUGCUCCCGGCCCCUCCAGCCGUGAGCGAGACGGCACCGGAAGGCGCCGGUGCCCCCACGACGCCAUCGGAGAAGUACCGAGUGGAGCAAGGCAAGCUGCGCUGCAACGCCUGCGCCUUCAGCCGGCAGGCGCUCGAGAGCCACCGCGCCCAGCAGCACGGCCAGCCCCAAGAGGCUGAGGGGCCUGGGAAUGCCGGGCUGCGCCCCCGGCGCCGCCUGUCCUGCCCCAGCUGCCCCUUCACCUGCCAGCAGGAACGGGCCCUGCGGACACACGCGCAGCGGGGCUGCGGGACACGGCGUGGCACUGCCCCUCAGCCCCCCUCCUCUGCCGCGCCCCCCCUGCGGCGGCACCGGCGCCCCCCCCGUGGGCGCUACAGCCAGCGCCCGGCGCUGCAGUGCAGGCAGGGCGAGUUCACCUGCAAGCAGGCCCGGGGCCUGGGGCAGCACGUGCGCGUGACGCACGAGGGCCUCAAGCCGCACCAGUGCCCCUACUGCGAAUUCAGCACCACGCGACGCUACCGCCUGGAGGCGCACCAGUCGCUGCACACGGGCGUGGGGCGCAUCGCCUGCGGCAGCUGCAGCCAGACCUUCGGCACCAACUCCAAGCUGCGGCUGCACCGGCUGCGAGUGCACGAGAAGACGCCCACGCACUUCUGCCCGCUCUGCGACUACAGCGGCUACCUGCAGAACGACAUCCCCCGCCACAUCAACAGUUGCCAUCGGGGUGAGCCACUCUACCCCUGCGCCCGCUGCGACGCCCGUUUCAGCUCGCCCACCGCCCUCAAGCAGCACGCACUGCGCCGCCACGCCGAGCCCGCCGCCUGCCGCUGCCCCCACUGCGGUCUGCAGUGCCGCAGCCGGGCCACGCUGCGGGGUCAUGCCCGGCGCCAGCACCCGCCUCGCCUCGAGUGCGGGGCUUGCCACGAGGCCUUCGCGACCCGCCGCGACCUGGAGACGCAUCGCCAGCAGCAGCACUUCAGCCACCGCUGUGGACUCUGCGGGUUCGCUGCCCGCGAGCGCCAGCAGCUGGUGCGGCACUACGUGGACAGCCAUGAGCCACCGGCUGCCGCCCCUGCUGCUGACCGGCCCCUGGCCUGCCCCUCUUGCGACUUCACCUGCCGCCACCAGCUGGUCCUGGAGCACCACGUCAAGGGCCACGGCGGCACCCGUGUCUACAAGUGCUCGGACUGUGCCUACACCACCAAGAACAAGCAGAAGAUCACGUGGCACAUCCGCAUCCACACGGGCGAGAAGCCUUACAAGUGCCACCUCUGCACCUACACAUGUGCCGACCCCUCACGCCUCAAGUACCACAUGCGAAUCCACAAGGAGGAGCGGAAAUACCUGUGCCCCGAGUGCGGCUACAAGUGCAAGUGGGUGAACCAGCUCAAGUACCACAUGACCAAGCACACAGGCUUGAAGCCAUACGGCUGCGAGGAGUGCGAGUACCGGACGAACCGGGCGGACGCGCUGCGGGUGCACCGGGACACGCGUCACCGGGAGGCACGGGCUCAUAUGUGCGAGCAGUGCGGCAAGGCCUUCAAGACGCGGUUCCUGCUGCGCACGCACCUGCGGGCCCACAGCGAGGCUCGGCCCUAUGUGUGCGGCGUGUGCCGGCGCGCCUUCCGCUGGGCCGCUGGCCUGCGCCACCACUUCCUCACCCACACUGACCUGCGCCCCUUCUUCUGCCACUUCUGUGCCUACCGCGCCAAGCAGAAGUUCCAGGUGGUCAAGCACGUCCGGCGCCACCACCCCGACCGCACCAGCGCUGCCGACCCCGCCCAGGGUGUGGGCAAGGACCCAGGUGCCCCCACCCUGCACCUGCACGACGUCCAGCUGCACGGCCGGCCCCGGGAUGAUGGUGGAGGAGCCCCGGCCGAGCCCCAGGGGUAGCCUCCACCCUGCAUCAAGUGCACGUGCAUGUACAGGCCAAUGUGUAUAUGGGAUGUAACAUAAAUGGGAGCUGUGCUCAUUUCUAACCUGGCUCCAGGGGUCACUGGGGGGGAGGUGGGGGGUACCCUAACCACCUCUGGUCAUGGGCGUGGGGGGGAAACUAGUCUCCGAGGCAGGCACCGAACCCACCUGAGCCUGCUUAGCUGAGUAGAGCUUCCAGACAGCCAGGCCCCAGGGCAGGGUGGCAAGGCAGUGC